AUGGCCUCGAAAUCGGCAAUCCCAGUCGACCAGCCUAACACCACUGCGGAGAUUCUCCGUCUACAGAAUCAGUUGGCGCAAGUCCGCAACCAACGCAUAAUACUGGAUCUACGCAAUGGGAUUGCUCGCGAGAACCAGUUGUUGGCCGACGCUCAACGCCGUCUCCAAACGACAGAAUCACAGACGCCGACCGGCGGUCGCGCCCUUAAUUCAUCGCAUACCCCUACUCCAUUUACGAUUGGUAGUACCACACCAGCGAAUAAGGGUACAAAUGCGAAGCCAUUGGACUCGAGACCCAAACCCGUGACGGGUAAUAACAACACUAGUGGCACUGUCAUACCAAGGAAGGAAGCAGAGCUGCCAAGGUUCCCCGUACCCAGAAAGUACUGUGGCCGGGAUCGAUCUUCGUAUAUUACCUUGGUCAGCAAAUUGCGAGGGUUGUUUCGCAAAAAUCAACGGUAUUUUGCUUUUGAUAAGAACAAGAUUGCCGAAGCAAAGAGACAUCUAUCUCGCCUUGUCCUCGAUGAAUGGACGACACAUACCGAGUCUAGCGGACGAGCACAUACAUGGGAUGAGUUUCGCUUCUUUCUACUUCGGCAAAUUGAGAGGCCUGCAACGCCAAGGGUGGCGCGCCAUCGAUGGAAUGUCACUCGACAACACCGCGAUGAAACCGUGCGAGACUUCGCAAACUACUUGGUAAUGCUGGAAAACGAUUUCUCAACACCAAUAUCUGAGCAAGACCGCAGCAAGAGACUUUGUAAUGGUAUGAACAGUUGUUAUUGCAAAAGAGGGCUAGAAAGUAUACUUCAUUUUUCACUCUGA